AUGGAAGGGCUGAAGACUUGCUGCAUGCUGGGCCUUGUUCAAGCCUAUCCAGAGAAAUUCAGAACUGUGUUUGAGGUGCCAAAGGAACUCACAGCAGAAAUGUUGGAUGACAUUUUUGAUGUCAAGUACAGUCCAAGGGAUAGUAACAAGUUCCAUGCUGAAACAGAAGUCAUUUUCAACUUCACACAGUACUUGGAGGAUAUUGAAAAGGGGCAAAUUUCUUCUGUGCUAGAGGGAAAAGAAGUUGUUGUCACUCUAAAUCAUGUCAUACAGUUUGUAACUGGAUCUCAUGGCAUUCCUGCUAUAGGAUUUACUCCUAGACCAUCCAUCCAUUUUAAUCAUGACAGUCCCAACAGAAAGCUUACUGCAAAUACUUGUGCGAACCAGCUGACACUCACAGUUGAUGGUAGAAUCAGACAGUAUGAGCAUUUCUCUCGGGAUUUUACAUUUUGUAUGUUCAACUCCCGAGGGUUUGGAUUGCUUUGA